UCAGCACUCUAAUUAGUUAGAUCUUAAUGUCCACCUCCUCGAAGGAUGAAGAAGUCGACUUCUUGCCUGAGAAUGUCUCCCUUGUAGAGCUAGCUGCAGCCCGGGACAACUUGGCUUUUGACAGUGCAGGCUCUGUUGACACCCGAAGUAGCAAGGGCUGCAGUGCUGCUGAGAAAUUCCUGGAGAAACUGGAGGCCCUUGCUACGUCGCUUGAACUUGAACCUGCAUCUCGUGCCUAUCGACGAGAUUUUCAAGGACAGUUUGCAGAACUCCAGCCUCACAGAGACUACAGUGUUGCGGUUUUGGAAGCCUGUUUGAGUUUGUCACGCAGUGGAGCCAUAUGGGCCAACGGUCAGAAGUUUGAACUUAGUCAGGAUGCAGAAAGUGCAUGCUUGGCCUUGCUGGAACAAUGGGAAGGUUUGCUCGCUCAACUUGAUCACAUAUUGCCGCGCUCCCUGGAGGGCUUCACAUCUUUGACCAGAGCUGAGCUGUGCCGAUUGCUUCGCAGCCUUGACUCCACGUGGGCCGAUUUUGAGCACCGCUACAUCAUGGAGAUCGUUCGGGUUCAGCAUGAAGCAAAGGGACUCGUCGCCAAGGCCAUAGAUGUGGAAGAGAUGCUGUCCCAAAUUGAGGACGAAGACAGUGACGAGCACCAAGUCCACUUGGGGGCGCUAGUGGCUUGCAUUUCCCAGCUGAAUGUUGCAGCAAACUUGAAUAGAAAGACGUUUGAUGAGUUGACCUCAGACAUUUGGGAGAACUCGGCAGCUCUUUUAAAAAUGUGCUCCAUCGAUUCAGAAACCCCACUGCAAGCCGUACGAGUCAUAGCACAGCAGGUCUUGCUCUCCUUGGAGGAGUUUCGACAAUGUUUGAGAGACAUGCGGGAAAGAGGCCUGGAGGAAGUGAACCCACAGCUUUGCCACAAUGAAGAUUUGGUGAGCAGUCUAAUGAGAUGGGAAGAGGCCUGGAUCACAGGGGCCCGCUAUAUCCAGACUCGCUCCGUGCUGGCAGCGCUGUGUAAACUGGUUCCCAGACUGCUCGGGGUUUCGCAAUGUUGGGCUCCUUUUGCGCAGAUGUGCAUGAACUUUGAUGCAGAGCUCUUCUUGGUGCUACCACGACUUGUUUGGCUCUCAUAUUUCGAAAGUCCUGACGACCAAACUGCCUUAAUCUCGAACUUGUUGCCACAUAGAUUUGUCCAGGUGCCUGUAUAUUCUGAGCUGCGGCAAAGGGCUGGUGAAGCACAGUUGCAACGUCUCAGGCGUCAGCGAAGUGAGCCCGCACUAGGAGAAGCCGUGGAGCCUGAAUUGGCAGUCUUAGGUACAGAUGCAGCUUUGAAAUCAAUACAGAGAAAAUUUAAUGAGGUAAAACUGCUGCUAGCUGCGGCGAAUAGAACGCACGAAGUGAUGGGGCCUGCCGAUGCAAUUUGGGGCAUCCUACUUCAAUCUGCAGUCCGUGGCACAGUGGAUGCUGAGUUGUUUGAAGUGUUGUUGCCACACAAGCGCACAGCAGCUGCCUCGGCCGUGGAAGACUUGAUGCGACAGCUGGAGAGUUGGAGCAUGGAGUUGCAGCGCCACUGCCCUGAAGAUUGGAAUGAGUGCGUUAAUGUCCUCGUGAAAUGCAUGCUCACGGCUGAGAUCGCUCCAGAAUCAUUUGGAUGCACAAGUCAUGCUGGAAGGUUCUUGCCUUAGAUACUCAUUUUAAAUGUGCGGUCCUUUGACCUUUGUUUUUUCCCCAAAGCACGCUGGAGCACACUCCAAAAGGGACGCGUGCUUGGAUUUAGCACAAUAUCCAGUUGCGUCAGCAGCUGUGGGAUCAACUGAUUUUGUGAAUUGACAGGGCGCUCAAGCCGCCUGCUGUGCCUCGGGCCUGUGAGCCUGACUGCAGAGAGCAAAAAGCAGC